UUGAUGCAGUGUUUUCUCUGUCAUCUGCUGUCUCUAUGGUAUGUUCACCUUAGCCAAGUUACAAGCCAAUGGAUGAGUGGCAUGUGUGCAACAGAUCAAAAUAUUAGGCAUUGGGACAGGCCCAUUUAGUCCUCAAACGAGUAGUAUGCCCCUCUCUUUCUUCCUUGGUAUAAAACUGAAACCAAAGCCACCACUUGUACUCAAACCAUUCACCACAUUCUUCUUCUCUACUAAUACUACUACAACACCCACAAUUCCUCUCAUCACUAACACGCUUCUAAAGCAAUGCAAGACCUUAAUCCAAGCCAAGCUGGUCCAUCAGCAGAUCCUAGUCCAGGGCCUUGCAGACAUGGCCACAUACCUCAUUGGCACCUACAUAGCAUGUGAAGCUCCCAUGCAUGCCAUAAAGGUGCUCGAACGCCUUGUUCCAUCGCAGCCUACUGUUUACUGGUGGAAUGCGCUUAUACGACAUGCAGUUCGUCUCGGGUUUCUUGAAGAUGUACUUGGUUUGUAUAGAAAAAUGCAGAGAUUUGGCUGGAAGCCUGACCACUACACUUUCCCUUUUGUUUUCAAAGCUUGUGGUGAUUUUCCUUCGUUCCGACGAGGUGCUUCAGUUCAUGCUGUUGUCUGUGCAAAUGGUUUUGAGUCCAAUGUGUUUGUUUGUAAUGCGAUGGUGGCUAUGUAUGGAAGGUGUGGCAUGUUGGAUGAUGCGCGCCAAGUAUUUGACGAAUUGUGUGUGAGAGGGAUAGGUGAUGUGGUGUCUUGGAAUUCGAUCGUGGCUGCUUACGUGCAAGGUGGUAAUAAGAGAAAGGCACUAAAAAUGUUCACUAGAAUGGCUGAUGAUCAUAGAAUCUGCCUAGAUGUAGUUAGCAUUGUCAAUAUCCUUCCUGCUUGUGCUUCGUUGAGUGCAUUGUUGCAGGGUAAGGAGAUUCAUGGUUUUGCUGUUCGAAAUGGGUUGGUGGAGGAUGUGUUUGUGGGUAAUGCUGUAGUGGACAUGUAUGCCAAGUGUGGGAUGAUGGAUGAAGCAAACAAGGUUUUUGAGCGGAUGAUGGUUAAGGAUGUGGUUUCUUGGAAUGCUAUGGUAACUGGGUACUCUCAGAUUGGUAGAUUUGAAGAUGCUCUUGCUUUGUUUGAGAAGAUGCGUGAGGAGAAGAUCGAGUUGAAUGUUGUGACUUGGAGCGCAGUGAUUGCUGGGUAUGCUCAGAGGGAUCAUGGUUAUAAAGCAUUGGAUGUGUUUCGUCAAAUGCAGGUUUGUGGUUCAGAGCCGAAUGUUGUUACUCUUGUGUCUCUUCUUUCAGGUUGUGCUUCUGUGGGAACAUUGCUUCAUGGAAAAGAGACUCAUUGUUAUGCCAUAAAACGUAUUCUGAAUGUAGAUGGAAAUGAUCCAGGGGAUGAUCUAAUGAUAAUUAAUGGUCUCAUUGACAUGUAUGCUAAGUGCAAAAGUGUCAAGGUAGCACGAAUGAUGUUUGACUCAAUAGCAACAAAAGAGAAAAAUGUGGUAACUUGGACUGUCAUGAUUGGUGGGUAUGCUCAGCAUGGUGAAGCCAAUGAUGCACUGGAGCUUUUCUCAAAGAUGCUUGGACAGGAAAUUUUCAUAAAGCCAAAUGCUUUUACUAUAGCAUGUGCUUUGAUGGCUUGUUCUCGUUUAGCUGCACUAAGGUUAGGUAAACAAAUUCAUUGUUAUGUAUUGCGCAAUCAGUAUGAGUCUAUGGUGGUAUUUGUAGCUAAUUGCCUCAUAGAUAUGUAUUCCAAAUCUGGAGACGUUGAUGCUGCUCAAGUUGUGUUUGAUAACAUGAAGCAAAGGAAUGCUGUUUCUUGGACAUCUCUAAUGACAGGUUAUGGCAUGCAUGGUUGUGGAGAAGAUGCUCUACGGGUUUUUGAUGAGAUGAGGAUAGCAGGGUGGAUGCCUGAUGGUGUAACCUUUGUUGUUGUUCUUUAUGCUUGUAGCCAUACAGGAAUGGUUGAGCAGGGAAUGAAAUACUUUAAUAGCAUGAGUGACGAAUAUGGGGUGGUUCCUGGAGUGGAACACUAUGCUUGCAUGGUUGACCUAUUGGGUCGUGCUGGUCGCUUGGAUGAGGCCCUAAAGCUCAUUGAAGGCAUGCCUAUGGAACCAACACCAAUAGUGUGGGUGGCAUUGCUUAGUGCUUGCAGGCUCCAUCCAAAUAUUGAACUUGGGGAGCAUGCUGCAAACCGGUUGUUAGAAUUGGAGUCUGAGAAUGAUGGGUCAUAUACUUUGCUUUCAAACAUAUAUGCCAAUGCCAAGCGAUGGAAAGAUGUGGCCAGAAUUAGAUCUUUGAUGAGACAUACAAGGAUCAAGAAGAGGCCCGGUUGUAGUUGGGUCGAAGGAAAGAAAGGAACUGCAGCCUUUUUUGUUGGGGACAGGUCACAUCCUCUAUCCCAACAAAUAUACAAUAUCCUAGGAGACCUAAUUCUACGCAUCAAAGCCAUGGGAUAUGUUCCUGAGACAAGUUUUGCUCUUCAUGAUGUGGAUGAUGAGGAGAAGGGUGAUCUUCUUUUUGAACAUAGUGAGAAGCUGGCACUUGCAUAUGGCAUCCUAACAUCACCUGCAGGGGCACCCAUCCGAAUCACCAAGAACUUGCGUGUUUGUGGCGAUUGCCACACUGCCAUUUGCUACAUAUCUAUGAUCAUUGACCAUGAAAUCAUUUUGAGAGACUCAAGUCGUUUUCAUCAUAUAAAGAAAGGAUCAUGCUCAUGCAAAGUGGGGCAGGCGAGGUUCGAAACACAUACAUAGGGUAUCACAAGGGAUGCUAUUACCAUUGGGCUAUUAGUUGAACCACAUUCCAUGGGACAGGUAUCAGGAUUGCUGACAAUUUUAAAUUGUAAAUCUAGACAUUCCCACAAUCUCCCUCCCUCUCUCUAUACAAACACUUUGUUCAAAGAAAAGUUUUCCUAGUAUAGACUUAAAUGAAAAGUGCUUUGCAAUUGUAGAUGAUUUUACUGGGACCCAAAGAAAGCAGGUGGCUCUUUGGAUUGCACAAGUGGUUGAGCAUUUGCAUUGUCAGAAACCACUUUACAUA